AUGGGGAAAGGGAAGAAUGCGAAGACCGGAGAUGAAAGCCAUCACUCCCCGUCGACCGUCUUUGUUGCUAAUCUGCCUUUUUCCUUCACGAAUACUCAGGCAUGUUCCUAUUUUUCGAUGGAAGAGGCUUUCAGCGAGAUUGGACCCAUAAGAAGGUGUUUUAUGGUUACAAAGAAGGGUUCCACCGAACACCGAGGCUUUGGUUAUGUUCAAUUUGCCUCUAUUACGGAUGCUAAUCGUGCCAUUGAGCUGAAAAAUGGCUCUGUUAUUGGAGGUAGAAAGGUUGUUGUGAAACAAGCCAUGCAUCGUGCUCCACUUGAACAGCGCCGAGCAAAAGGAAAUCAAGCUGGCCUGACGGAGAAUGAGAAGGCUGUCAAACCUGAAGUAACUGACAGAGUCCACAAGGCUCCAAAUUCUCAGGCGAAAGGUGAAGUAGUGGAAAAGAGAAAUGGAAUGGCUAUUUCCAAUGAUGGUGUUACAGAUAAACAAAGGGUUGCUAAGACAGUCGUAUUUGGCGGUCUUCUUAGUGUUGAUAUGGCAGAGGAAGUUCAUGGUCUCGCUAGGAAGUUUGGUUCUGUAUACUCUGUCACUUACCCUCUUCCAGAGGAAGACUUGAAACAUCACGGGCUAGCUCAAGAUGGUUGCACAAUGGAUGCUUCUUACGUACUAUUUACAAGUGUAAAAUCAGCCCGUGAAUGUGUUGCAGCCCUACACCAGAAAGAGAUACAUGGGGGAACUGUUUGGGCACGACAGCUUGGUGGAGAGGGCUCUAAAACUCAGAAGUGGAAGCUUAUAGUGAGAAAUCUUCCAUUCAAGGUAAAAGUGGCUGAGAUAAAAGAUAUGUUUUCUUCCAUAGGGCUUGUUUGGGAUGUGGUCAUACCUAAAAAUCCUGAGACUGGGUUGCCGAAAGGAUUUGCAUUCGUCAAAUUCACAUCAAAGCAAGACACAGAAAACGCUAUUAAGAAAUUCAAUGGAAAAACUUUUGGCAAAAGACCGAUUGCUGUUGAUUGGGCUGUACCAAAGAAGAUUUAUACAGUUGGAAGUGGUUCUGUUGCUGCUACAGGAAAUGAAUUGAAACAAGAUGAUAGAAGCAGUAUUGGAUCAGAGGACAGUGAUGAAGAACCAAUUGGGAAAUCACAAGUGGUUGGUAGUGAUGACAGUGCCGAUGAGUCAGAUUCAUCAGAGAAUGAUAGAAAAAGUGAAGUUGAUUUUGAGGAAGAGGCAGAGAUGGCUAGAAAUGUGCUCAACAACCUCAUGUCACGGUCUUUCCAAGAUGUUUCUGAAAGCAAUGUCUCAGAACCAGCUGAGGGUAAAACUGAUGAUUUAUCUGUACUGGAUAGAAAACAGUCAUAUGAGGCAAAAAAUACUAAGUCCACUCAAGAUGAAGAAGACGAGUUGCAGAGGACAAUUUUCAUCAGCAAUCUUCCUUUCGAAAUCACGGCUGAGGAAGUGAAACAACGCUUUUCUUCAUUUGGUGAAGUGCAGUCCUUUGUGCCAGUUCUUCAUCAAGUAACAAAACGUCCCCGUGGAACUGGAUUCCUCAAGUUCAAAACAAUGGAUGCAGUCAAUGCUGCACGUUCAGCAUCCAACACAGAAGGUGGUGUAGGCAUCUUAAUAAAAGGGAGACCUGUGAAAGUACUAAAGGCACUGGACAAGAAAACAGCUCAUGAUAAGUCGGAAGAGAAGGCUAAGAAAGAGGAUCAUGACCACCGCAAUCUGUACCUGGCUAAGGAGGGUCUUAUCAUGGAAGGGAUGCCAGCUGCCGAAGGAGUUUCAGCUAGCGAUAUGGCAAAACGCAAGAAGUUGCAUGAAGAUAAGAAUGCUAAGCUUCAGUCUCCAAACUUCCGUGUAUCAAGGACGAGGCUCAUUGUGUACAAUGUGCCAAAGAAUAUGAACGAAAAAGAUCUUAGACAACUCUUCUUAAAUGCAGUCGUCUCUCGAGCAACAAAGCAAAAACCCUCAAUUCGGCAGGUUGAAUGUGGUUCUUAUAGAAAUUGGGUUUCUGGUGCUAAAUAUGCUUAUUAG